AUGUCCACUCUACCGAUAAUAUACAUUGUCCACGGAUCGUGGCACAGCCCGAUCUUUUUCGACCCGGUCAAGACCCGUCUCGAAAGUCGAGGGUACCAGGUCAUCUGUCCCCAAUUGCCGUCCAUGACCGGCGAACUCCCCGCCGUCAAAACCAUGUACGACGACGCCGACCCGGUCCGUCGCGACCUGGAGAAUCUGAUUGAAGACCAAGGUCAGGACGUCUUGUUGGUCAUGCACUCGUACGGUGGGAUUGUUGGUACACAAGCGGCUGCGGGACUAGGAAAGGCCGAGAGGCGAGCGGCGGCUGUCGAAAGUCAGCAGCAGCAAGGUUCCAGUAGUGGUGGUGGUGGCGGCGGCGGUGUGAUUCGCUUACUAUACGUCUGCUCCUUCAUUUUGACCGAGGAUGAACAUCUCUGUCAACCACUUGGAGGUGAACCGGCACCGUUUCUCAAGAUAGAGGAAAACGGAAUCUGUAUCCCAGUCAACCCCGAACAAGUCUUUUACCAAGACUUGCCGGUCGACGAACAAAAGUACUGGGCCACCCAGGUCAAACCUCAACCGCUGAUAACUCAGUUCAACCCGAUGACAAAAGUCGCAUACAAAAACAUCCCAGUCAGUUAUCUGUACUGCGAAAACGACCAGGCUUUGCCCUGCAGCAUACAAAAGUUCUUCGUCGAGAGGUGCCGCACGACGGUCGACGUGACCACCUUUACUUGUACUGCUGGACAUUCUCCUUUUUUGAGUCAACCGGAUUUCUUUGCCGACCUUGUCGUCAAAGUAAUACAUCAUGACAAGAGAGACAUAUCACACAUGCUUGCAUGCCUUUUGGAAAAGGAUAUGAAAUCAAGUCGAGGUCAAUAA